AUGGAUGACACCGCAGCCCCCGCAGCAGCCUCGCCCGCCGCCGCCACGGCCGCGGGCUGCGAUGCUGCUCGGCAAAAAAUCGACGAGACUGUGGCCGCCACCAACACCAGUUCCAGCUCCAGUGUGCGCCUUGUAAUCAAAUCAUCCAACCAGCAAUACGAUGAUCUGAAUGUGGAGAGUGACCUCUGCUGGACGGUACAGCGGCUGAAGAAGCAGCUCUCUCUGGUGUAUCCUGGCAAACCGGACGUCCGAGAUCAGAAGCUGAUUUAUUCGGGUAAACUCCUAGACGACUCCCAGAAAAUUUCAGAAGUGAUACGAAGCUACAAGGAUGUGUACCAGCAGCAUCACAUCUUUCACCUGGUAUGUGCCAGCAAGAAUAUAACCAAUCCGCCAGUCCAGCCGACUACUCCGGCCUCAAAGGAUGAAGUGCCGGCGCGCCAGGAGGUCAACUCCUCGAACUCCACUAACGAGCUUCGACAACGUUAUCCCACAAAUCAGCAGCAACAGCAGCAGCAGACGGUACCACAGGCAGCCGGUGCAGCCUUAGGCCAAGGUGUGGCCCAUCCUUGGAUCCAAUAUUGGCAGCGAACUCAUGCUGCGACUGCGACUGCGGCAGCUCCCAGUUCCGCUCUCCAUGCCAAUCCGCACGCACUGUUCCAGCAGCAGGCGCUUCUGUAUAACGCCUGGAUGCAGCAAGUGUACGUCCAGUACAUGCAGGAGCUAGCUCUCCGAUCGACACUUGGCGGUUCGGGCAAUGCUCCUGUAGCACCGCCAAUGCCACUACUGUCGCAGUUUCCCAUGAUGGGCACACCCAUUUUUGCGGAGGCACAGGCAGCGGCUGGAGCUGCCACCGCGGCAGCAGCAGCGCCAGCUCCUCCUCCAGAAGCGCCAGUGGCACAGGAGGCAGCAGCACCACCAGCAAAUCGACCAAACUUUCCCAACAUCCAGGAGGAGCCCGAGAUGCGCGACUGGCUGGAUAGUUUCUUUAGCUUCACCCGGCUCGCUAUUUUUGUGACUGUACUUUACUUUAACUCCUCGCCGCUGCGCUGCUUGCUGGUGGUACUUAUUGCGGGUGCAAUCUAUCUUUACCACAUUGGUGUCCUUCGUCGACGUCGCGAACGAAACAAUAACAACAUCAACCGGAACAAUAACGCAGACGAUGCGGCCGCCUUUGCUGCUGUGCAGCAAAUCCAGCGAAUGAUGGAUGCGGCGGUGGAGCGAGAAAACAACGAUCCCCAGGCCGCCAAUGACCCUCAGGCGGCCGCCGCUGCAGCUGGUCAAGAUGCCCCCGAUGGUCCUGUUGUGGCCCCAGCAACAGCGGCAAAUCCCGCGGAUCCGGCUGCCGUGUCCGCUGAGGCCGUUGCGGUAGAACCACCAAAUGCCAAUAACUCUGUGAUUUCCGUUGUGCGCACCUUUGUCAUCACCUUCUUCACAUCGCUGCUGCCCGAGGCGCCGGCGCUGUAGAGUACCCAACUGUGUAGUGGAACCAGUGGAAUCAGCUUUACACGACUUUAUCCCGUCUAUCUAUCCGUAAUCAAAAAAUUUAUUCCAACUUUCCUUUUGGUAUUGCCUACCUCUAAAUGUAGCCAACCUGUAACACACAAUUUGUUUUAAUAGCUGUAAUAAUCAUGUAUGUAUAUUUAUUUUUCGUGUGUGUCUGAGCGCAGCUUCAGUUUCCUGUGGCCGCGGCUCGAGUUUAGCUCCUAGAAGUUUAGAUAUCUAAGAAAGUACCCUGUUUUUGAUGUGAAUAUAAAAUGAUAGCGAUGAUGAUGAUCUGCCCCGGGGCCGGAGCCAGGGGCGGGAAAAACUAUGAAACCAAGAUGCAAUUACAAAUAAACUUUAUGCUUUAACACCAAAAAUAACGAAAUUGUAAUGUGGUGUUUACAAAAGUGCAAAUCUUUCUAGCAAAAAUUGUACAGAAAGAUGUGAAAUUCUACACAAUUUUACAUUCUAGUAAGUAACUAUAAGUUGUUGUAUCAGAGACCGUAAAUAAUGGAACCAUAAACAAAAUCUAUGUAUUUAGAAAACUUGUAUAAGAUAAUGAUUUAUACCAGUAGACUGCUAUUUGAAUAACCACUAUGAUUUUCGAACUGUUAAACAUUUUCUUAUAUUUCUCAAUAAAAACUUGUAAUUUAAGUGCAAAUAUUCAU